AUGGCCUAUGAGAAACGCAAGGCGGGCAAGAGCCCGUUUGCUAAAUGUGCUGUUCCUCCCGAUGCCCUUUCUGGCGAUCUUCUUGCACCCUACGGCAACUGUGUCUAUAGCCUCUAA